AAUCUUCAUAUGUUGACAGAUCUGUAUCUGUCAAUGAUCAUAAUCUCAAUAUUGAAUUGUUGAUUGAGAACUUGAGAGAUGUGAUAAUGAAGAAAUUACUCAUAUCAUGUAUAACUGAGUCUCUCAUGUCUCUCUCUACUCUCUUUGUUUCUUUCUCUGUCACUUCUUCUCAAUCUUCUACAUCUGCUUCUGUAUCUGAUUCUCUCACUCUUACUAUAUCUGUUUUCAUGAUUCUCACUCUCACUACUUCUGCUCUCUCUGCUUCUACUGUCUCUGCUUUUAUUAUUAGCUCUUCCUAUUUCAAGAAGAUAUUGUAUAGACUUAAUGAAUUAUAUACCUGUGUUUUCAGAAAUGAGAAUGUGAAUAUCAUACUCUUUUACACUCAUGAGU